AUGAAGAGUUUUUUUGGAGUUGUCAUGUUUCAGUUCUUGUAUUUUACACCAUCUUUAGCAAUUCGUGAUAAUUUUUUCUUUGUUUCUGACUUCGAUGUGUCUAGAAAUAUUUCUUAUGAUGAAAUAAAAAAAUUGGUUCCAAGCAGCCUAAAAAAUGAGACGUCUUUUCUGUAUCCACCAGUUUCAAGAGCGAAUGAUAGAGUGAAGAGAUUGGUUCCAACCGGCCCAAAUAAUAAAACUUCUCCACCUUCUCCACCACAUUUUAUAGCUGAUUUUGGAGUGAAGAGAUUGGUUCCAACCGGACCAAACAAUGAAACUUCUCCACCUUCUCCACCACAUUUCAUAGCUGAUUUUGGAGUGAAGAGAUUGGUUCCAACCGGUCCAAACAAUGAAACUUCUCCACCUUCUCCACCACAUUCUAUAGAAAGUAUUGGAGUAAAGAGAUUGGUUCCAACCGGCCCAAACAAUGAAACGUCUCCACCUUCUCCACCACAUUCUACAGUGGAUUUUGGAGUGAUGAGAUUGGUUCCAACCGGCCCAAACAAUGAAACUUCUCCACCUUCUCCACCACAUUUUAUAGCUGAUUUUGGAGUGAAGAGAUUGGUUCCAACCGGCCCAAACAAUGAAACUUCUCCACCUUCUCCACCACAUUUCAUAGCUGAUUUUGGAGUGAAGAGAUUGGUUCCUACCGGCCCAAACAAUGAAACUUCUCCACCUUCUCCACCACAUUCUAUAGAAAGUAUUGGAGUAAAGAGAUUGGUUCCAACCGGCCCAAACAAUGAAACGUCUCCACCUUCUCCACCACAUUCUACAGUGGAUUUUGGAGUGAAGAGAUUGGUUCCAACCGGCCCAAACAAUGAAACUUCUCCACCUUCUCCACCACAUUUUAUAGCUGAUUUUGGAGUGAAGAGAUUGGUUCCAACCGGCCCAAACAAUGAAACUUUUCCACCUUCUCCACCACAUUUUAUAGCUGAUUUUGGAGUGAAGAGAUUGGUUCCAAGCGGUCCAAACAAUGAAAUGUCUCCACCUUCUCCACCACAUUCGAUAGUAUAUAUUGAAGUGAAGCAAUGGGUUACAAGCAGUCCAAGUAAUGGAACGUCUCCACCUUCUAUAUAG